AUGUCGGCCGACCCUGCUGCUUCAACAGUUACUGCUGCUCCAGCACCAACGGUGAUCUAUGAACCAUAUGCAUCAGAAGAACAACUUCCCCAAAUGACUGCUCUUAUUGAGAAGGAUUUGUCAGAGCCAUACUCAGUCUACACAUAUCGCCACUUUCUACAAACCAAUCCGACAGUUUCGUUUGUGGCCAAGGAUACUCGCACUGGAACUAUUAUUGGUGUGAUCAUUUGCAAGCUGGAUUACCAUAGAAAAUCAUAUAGAGGGUAUAUUGCCAUGCUCACUGUGAAUGCAGCGUAUAGGAAACAAGGCAUUGGAUCACAGUUGGUAAAAACUGCUGUAAUGGAAAUGAAACAACGGAAUGCAGACGAGGUUGUGCUGGAAACAGAAGCAACAAAUAAAGCUGCACUAGCACUAUACGAACGACUGGGAUUUGUCAGGGACAAACGACUGAGCCGAUACUACAUGAAUGGUUUAGAUGCUCUAAGGCUCAAAUGCUGGCUCAAUUAG